AGCUACCUAUUCUUCCAUUUAAUAAUUUCCUCGUUCUCUUCACCCGCAAACUACUGCGGGAACUUGAAUAAUCCUUUGUUAUCAUCAUCAAUUAAAGAAGAAAAAGCUAGCUAAGGCGCUAUAAUAAUAUUGUAUGGAGAUUAGUGCUUCUAUUUCUACCUUAUUAUUAUUACUAUCAUGGAUGUGCUUCCUCCUCUUGUUCUUAUUCCUCUUCUCAAAUCUUCUAACAAAGAAACGAGACAAAGUCGAAAACGUAGCUAGUAAACCUAAGCUUCCACCUGGCUCAAUGGGUUGGCCUUACGUUGGAGAGACUCUUCAGCUUUAUUCACAGGACCCUAACAUCUUCUUUGCGUCCAAACAGAAAAGAUAUGGGGAGAUUUUUAAGACACACAUACUAGGUUGUCCAUGCGUGAUGCUGGCGAGUCCCGAGGGUGCGCGGUUUGUGUUAGUGACACACGCGCACUUGUUCAAGCCAACAUACCCAAAGAGCAAAGAGAAGCUCAUAGGUCCUUCUGCAUUGUUCUUCCACCAAGGUCACUACCAUACCCUUAUAAGGAAGCUUGUCCAGAACUCCCUCUCCCCGGACACCAUCCGCCGACUCAUCCCGGACAUCGAGACCGAGGUUGUUUCCUCCUUGGAAUCCUGGGUCUCCGCCGGACACGUCGUCAACGCCUUCCAAGAAAUGAAAAAGUUCUCUUUCAACGUUGGAAUCCUCUCAGUGUUUGGUAACUUGGAAGGAAAUUAUAGAGAUCAGCUUAAAGAGAACUACAGCAUAGUUGAGAAAGGCUACAAUUCUUUCCCAACAAUGAUUCGUGGAACUUCAUACUCCAAAGCACUCUUGGCUAGGAAGAGGAUCAGGGAGAUAAUAAGUGAAAUAAUUAGCAAGAGGAAGGAGCAAAGAUUGAUGGAGAAGGAUCUAUUGGGUCACAUGUUGAACUACAGAGAUGAAAAGGGGAAAACAUUAACGGAUGAACAAAUAGCAGAUAACGUUAUUGGGGUUCUGUUUGCGGCUCAGGACACAACAGCAAGUGUUCUAACAUGGAUUCUCAAAUAUCUUCAUGAUGACCAGAAACUUCUUGAAGCAAUCAAAGCAGAGCAGAUGGCGGUAUAUGAAGCAACUGAACAAGGGAAGAUGCCAUUGACAUGGGGUCAAACCAGAAAUAUGCCAUUUACUCAUAGGGUGAUAUUGGAAAGCCUAAGGAUGGCAAGCAUCAUAUCUUUUACAUUUAGGGAGGCUGUGGUUGAUGUAGAAUAUAAAGGAUAUCUCAUACCAAAAGGUUGGAAGGUAAUGCCACUAUUCAGGAACAUCCAUCAUAAUCCAGAAUUCCACCCUGCUCCUCACAAUUUUGACCCCUCAAGAUUUGAGAUGGCUCCAAAACCCAACACUUUCAUGCCAUUUGGCAACGGAGUUCACUCUUGUCCAGGAAAUGAGCUUGCAAAGUUGAACAUGCUGAUUUUAAUUCACCACUUGGUCACCAAAUUUAGGUGGGAAGUUGUUGAAAAUCAGAAUGGAGUUCAAUAUAGCCCAUUUCCUGUCCCUCUUCAUGGUCUACCUACAAGAUUUUGGAGAAACGAUUAGAAAAGAGCAUAUAUGUUAUUAUUAUGAUAAAAUUGAUGAGGUCAUUAUUCAAAUAAUAUAUAUAUUAUUAGAAAUUAUUAUUCCUUGCCACCAGGACUUCCAUGGCUUCAUCUUAUUAAUCUCUCCUCUUGUUUAACCCAAAAUUUAAAUACCAACCUCCUUUUUAUAGUGAGGUUCAUGUAACCUAAUGCAUGUAUCCACAAUAUUUAUGAAUGAAUGGUGGCUGGCACAUAUAGCUUAGUGCAUUAAUUGAUCUGAAAAGUGUAAGCGGUAGUAGUACAAAUAAUAAAGAUAUUAUCAACUA